GCCAACGUCAAAAGAGUGACCCUUCCCCAGCUGCCGGCAGCAAGCAUGGACGAGCCAGACGGCGAGCAGCAGCGUAUGGCGUGGAGUAUCGUCCAGUGGCUGUCUAGCGCCAUCGUCUGGCUCCUCCAUCUGGCGACCAUCAGGCUGCCGAGAACGAUCUUUGCGACUGUCCAUUGGGGCACGGUGGUCACUCUCGAGUUCGACUUUGCCAAGCUUGUCAUGCUCAUCUUCUUGUCAUUGACUCUGCUGUCCUUCUACGUCAAGUACAAGUACCUCAACCGCUACACCAAGCUCAGAGAGGCUCCCUUGACCCGAGAUGACGGCUUCGACUUGCAUCCAGAUGUCGCAACCGAGCAAGCCGAGAGUGGCUUCAAGAACUACCUCGACGAGUUUCUCUCGGCCAUUCGCAUCUUUGGCUUCCUGGAGAAGCCUGUCUUCCAUGAGCUGGCGAGACAUCUCCAAACGCGCAGGCUCGUUGCGGGCGACACGCUCUCGCUUGAUUCCGACAAGAGUUUCUACAUUGUCAUCGACGGUGUCAUGCAGGUCUAUGCUCAGACCGACCCAUCUGCUCGAUAUCGCGCGCACGACGCGUAUGACGAUGAGGACGACAAUGGCUUUCAGCUUCUCAACGAGGUCGAGAACGGUGGCACACUCAGCAGCCUCUUUACGAUUCUCAGUUUGUUCACAGAGGAUGUUCAGCUGCGAUAUGAGGAGGAUGACAUGCUCUCGCCCGGUAACGGGAUUCCGCCUCCUUCGAACAGGCGGAGCAAGAGCACUUCGAGGGACGCAGACGUGUCAAGUCUCAGACUUGACGAGUCCCCAGGUUCGAGUCGGCAUCAUCGCAGGAGCUCAAGCGCUCAUCGUCGAGCCAGUCGAUUACGCUCAUCAUCGCAAGCUAGCGAAUCCUCAGCCAUUGCGGAUGAGAGCGACACCGCAGACGACGACGACGAUAACGAAGGACCUGGCAGUGGGCGCCCGCCAAGGUCCGGCGUUACAAUCAAGGACAUCCCGCCCUCGCCUCUGCUUGAUCAGCCGACUCUACCAGACACACCUGGGAUACGCACCCCGCCGCGAGAGUCUACUAUAGCGCGAGCCAAAGUAGACACAACGCUCGCAGUGAUACCUGCAGAUGCUUUCAAGAAGCUCACGAAGCGAUUCCCUAACGCUUCUGCCCACAUUGUUCAAGUGAUCCUCACUCGACUUCAGCGUGUCACUUUUCUCACUUCGCACAAGUAUCUCGGCUUAACUUCAGAAGUCGUCAGGACCGAGAAGGCCAUCAAUGCGCUGGCCUGCUACCCUUUACCGCGAGCAUUCUACGAAUCUGGCGGCCUGCAGCAUCUGCGGCAGCGCUUUUUACCAGACACCGAAGAUAUAGACCUCGGUCAGCCCGAACAGCAACUAGAUUACUUUGCGCUCGGUCUGCCAACGCCAAGCGCUGGUCCUCGCAUGGACUACAUGCUCGGAUCGCCACCUGGGGAGCAGCCCAGCGAGGGUGUCAAGCUGACCUAUCGCAAGCCUUCGUUUCCCUCGAGUGGGGGUCUCAGCUACUCACGCGUGAAGAAAGCGGGCGAUAUACUCAGCAUGGCCAACAUUACUGACGAGCCAGAAUCAUUCACGACUAAUGAGAAUGGGCCACUACCAAGUCGACAUCGAAGGACAUCAAGCUCAUCUACAAAGAUGCCUCCACCUCAAGCCAGUCGCUCCUUUUCUUUCAAUCUGGGUGCAGCCCAAGAGUUUGAUCUGCGGAAGGCGGUCAUGGAUUCGAUAUCAAAGUCGAUUGGCCUGGUGCAGUCAUCCGCUAGUGUGGCACCUUCUGUUGAAGCCUCGCCCAUGGUUGGCCCUCACGAGGCGCCUUUUCAAAGAGCAGUGUUCAACUCUUCAUUUGGAUCCUUGGGAAUGCUCGGACAGCACGGCCGCGACGAUGAAUCGACAAUGACCGCCUCGAGCUACAGCACGCCUAACCUGCCAGAUCUCGAGAACGAAGUCGAGAUUCUGUUUUUCCCACAGGAUAGCACGCUCGUCAAAGCCGGGGACAAGAAUGCAGGGCUGUACUACGUGAUUGACGGGAUCCUAGAUGUCUCGAUGCCCGCCGAAUCAGACGAAAUGGCAGCUCAUAGCCCGGGCCUGAACUUCAGCAGCACGCCGCGCUCAACUGGCGAGGCUAUGCUGAAAAGCGAAGAGAAGCUGCGAACAUUGUUCACAGUCAAGCCUGGUGGUAUCGCUGGCUAUCUCUCAUCCCUGUCUGGCUUUCCGUCCUAUGUGGACAUCAAAGCAAAGACAGACGCAUACGUCGGAUUCUUACCUGUCAAAGCGCUCGAGCGGAUCAUGGACCGGAGGCCAAUCGUCCUCUUAACGCUCGCCAAGCGUCUGAGCGGCUUGCUAUCUCCGCUCGUGCUACAUAUCGAUAGCGCGCUCGAAUGGAUGCAAGUGGAUGCCGGACAAGUCAUCUACCGUCAACACGAUCGAUCUGAUUCAUUCUUCAUUGUCAUCCAAGGCCGAUUGCGGUCAAUCGCAGAAAAGGCUGCAGGAGGCGUGGAGAUCCUCGGAGAGUACGGGCAGGGGGAGAGCGUUGGUGAAAUCGACUGCAUCACUGGCUCUCGCCGACCAUCUACAUUACACGCCAUCCGGGACACGGAGCUUGCACGCAUGCCCAUGACACUGUUCAAUGCCAUCUCUGUACGGCAUCCUUCCACCACAAUCAAAAUCACGCGCACGAUUGCUGCUCGCGUCAGGCGCGAAGUAGACGAAAAGUCACGUAGCAUCAAGUCGCCUGGCUUGGGCAAAAAUAACCUAAAUUUGAAGACUGUUGCCAUCAUACCCGUCACCCAGCAUGUGCCCGUUACGGAAUUUGCUGCCAAGCUACGCGCAGCUCUGGGUGAUAUUGGCGCACCAACUUCUUACCUCAAUCAAGCUACCAUCACUGCAGCAAUGGGCAGGCACGCGUUCAGUCGGAUGGGCAAACUCAAGCUAGCCGGCUGGCUAGCAGAUACCGAGCAACGAUAUCGCAUCGUCAUGUAUGUCGCUGACACAGUCGUCAGCUCGCCAUGGACGCAGACGUGCAUCCGUCAGGCUGACUGCAUCCUUCUGAUUGCUAACGGGGCCUCAGAUCCAUCAAUCGGCGAAUACGAGCGCCUGCUUAUCGGCAUGAAGACCACCGCUCGAAAAGAGCUCAUCAUUUUACAUCCAGAGCGCAGUGUCCUGCCUGGCUCGACGCGGCCAUGGCUCAAGGCGAGGCCAUGGAUCCAUGCGCAUCACCACAUCGAAAUGCAUGGCUUGCCUAUAGCACCGUCAGGGCCUGGUCACGAUGCUAAGCCCGUGCUUGCCCUGCGCAAUUUCAAAGCCCGUGUGCAACACCGCUUCGAGAAGUAUCGUGGCCGGGACGAUCGCAAUGCACCGACUCGUAUGGCGUCUCUCAACGACUUCGGCAGGUUAGCGAGACGUCUCUGUGGGCGUUCAGUCGGUGUCGUGCUCGGCGGUGGAGGUGCUAGAGGCAUCUCCCACCUAGGCGUUCUAAAGGCACUGCUAGAGCGCGAUAUCCCUAUUGAUGCUAUUGGUGGUACGAGCAUAGGCUCCCUCAUAGGCGGCCUCUACGCUCGCAACGGCGAUCUCGUGUCGACAUUUGGUCGGACUAAGCGUUUCUCGGGCCGCAUGUCCACCCUAUGGCGGAUACUCACAGAUGUCACGUAUCCCCUUGUGGCCUACACGACGGGCCACGAGUUCAAUCGAGGCGUAUAUAAAGAGUUGCUUGACUAUCACAUCGAAGACCUAUGGAUCAACUUCUUCUGCAACACGACGAAUAUCACGCAUAGUAGAAUGGACGUGCACACGACAGGCUACGCAUGGCGGUAUAUUCGAGCCUCAAUGUCACUCGCAGGUCUCUUGCCACCGCUCUGCGACGAAGGCAACAUGCUCGUCGACGGAGGCUAUUGCGACAAUUUACCAGUAUCUGUGAUGCUGUCGAUGGGUGUGGACAAGGUGUUUGCAAGCGACGUUGGAUCAAUUGACGACACUUCGCCGCGCAACUUUGGCGAGUCAGUCUCUGGCUGGUGGGUCCUGCUCAAUCGGUGGAACCCAUGGAGUGCGACUCGGGAUAUUCCGAGCAUCACAGAGAUCCAGAGUCGUCUGACAUACGUGUCAAGUGUCAAAACCCUGGAAGAAGCCAAAACGACGCCUGGCGUGUUCUACAUGCGUAUGCCCGUGGAAGGCUAUGGUACGAUGCAGUUCGGCCGUUUCAAUGAGAUCUAUCAGGCCGGCUCGGUAGCAGCCGAGGCGAUGCUACACAAGUGGGCGCAGCAAGGUCGCCUGCCCAAUGGACUAGAGGCGUCUCCCACGACCAAGGCCGAGACGGCACGUCGUGGCCGAGGCUUGCGACGUAAUUCUGUGUAA